AUGGAUCUCGUCCUCGAAAUUGCAGACACGUACGCGCUCGACAAGGUCUGGGCUGCCGCUUGGCCCGCCUUGCCACGCUCGAUCGCCAAAGACCCCUCAGCAUUGGCUUCGCUAGCUUCCGCAUCUUCGGCGUCCAACUUUUCCUCGCUUCUCGGUCUCUCGUCGGACGCAGCGACGUGGGCUGCUUCCGCUAGCACGUCGAUGUUCUCCCCCUCGAACUGGUUCGCCAACACUGUGCUCAAGAACGCCGUCUCGUCCUCGUUGAGCGGUAACAGCGUCGACUGGUCCGCACUCCAGCACGUCUCGGCGCUACCCAGGGAGAACAUUGUCCGCCAGACGGUCUCGCUGUCCGUGCUCACCUACCUGGGCAUUCUCAUGCUCUACUUUUCCUUUGCCGGUCUCUCGUACAAGUACAUCUUCAACAAGGAGAUGGAGAAGCACCCACGAUUCCUCAAGAACCAGGUACGCCUCGAGAUCGAGUGCUCCAUGAACGCCUUCCUCCCGCUGGUCGCCAUGACGGUUCCCUGGUUCGUGCUCGAGGUGCGCGGACAUAGCAAGCUGUACGGCAACAUCGCGGAACACGGCUUGGCGUAUGCGGUGCUCUCCGUGCCGCUCUUCCUGGUGUUUACCGACUUCCUCAUCUACUGGGUGCACCGAAUCGAACACCACCCGAGGCUGUACAAGCACGUGCACAAGCCGCACCACAAGUGGCUCGUCCCCACGCCGUUUGCCAGCCACGCGUUCCACCCGGUCGACGGUUACGUCCAGUCGCUGCCCUACCACAUCUUCCCGUUCGUCUUCCCGCUGCACCGCGUGCUGUCGAUCUGCCUGUUUGUGUUUGUCAACCUGUGGUCGAUCCUGAUCCACGAUUCGGAUAUGAUCUGCAACUCGCCGUUGGAGAAGAUCAUCAACGGGCCAUCGCAUCACACGCUGCACCAUUUGUUCUUUACGUGCAACUAUGGGCAGUACUUUACGGUUUGCGAUCGCAUGGGCGGGUCGUACCGUGCGCCGAGGGUGGAGGACGACCCGAUGCUGGCGGUGAACGCGGCGGAGGAGAAAAAGGCGCGUGCCGAAAAGCAGAAGGUGGUCGAGGAGGCGUCGGACCAGUCGGAUGCGUCGAGCGGUGAUGAGGGCGUGGUGAUUAGGAAGGAAUCGCGAAAGAACAAGUAG